CGUAUGUCGUCUUUUCGUCGAAAUGUAAAAAAUAAGUUCGUAACAAUGUUAACUAAAAAGUAUUAUUUAAGAAUCAAUAUUCCUAUGUUAAUUGUCACACUUUCAUUUCUUUUUUUAAUCGUACAUUAUUUAUCAUCUGCAAAGUGUUCGUCUAACGAUAAAAUGAUACAAGAAAAAUCUAAAUUUAGGUUAAUAAUAUUAAUAUUAACAAGUCCAGAAAAUUUGGAGCAGAGGGAUACUAUUAGAAAAACGUGGCUUUCUGAGAAGCAUGCAUCAGUUAAGCAUCUUUUUGCAACGGGAAUAUAUGAUAUUUUACCAGAACAAAAAGAUACUUUACUCUCAGAGAAACAUAAAUUUAAUGAUUUACUUUUGUUACCAAAGCUGCAAGAUUCUUAUGGCACGUUAACGAAGAAACUUCUUUACUCUCUAAAAGAUAUUAAUAAGGAUUACGAUUUUGAUUAUUUACUUAAAUGUGAUGACGACACUUAUGUUAUUGUACAUAAAAUAUUAAGGGAAUUAGAUAAAUGGCAAAAUAAAGGUACAAAGAGAGAAUUGUAUUGGGGCUUUUUCAAUGGUAAAGCACAAGUUAAAAGAAGCGGACCUUGGAGAGAAAUGGAUUGGAUUUUAUGCGACUAUUAUUUGCCAUAUGCAUUAGGCGGUGGAUAUCUCUUGUCAUACAAUCUUAUCCAGUUUAUUGUUAAUAAUAUGGAAAUUCUUAAGUUAUACAAUUCAGAAGAUGUGUCUGUUGGAUUAUGGCUUGCGCCAUUAGCAAAUAUAGAAAGAAAGCAUGAUGUACGCUUUGAUACAGAAUAUAGAUCACGUGGUUGCUCUAAUCAAUAUAUAGUUAUGCAUAAGCAAACUAUACAAAACAUGAGAAACAUGUAUGAGUAUUAUCAAGCUUCUGGAGCAAUUUGUCCUAAAGAAAUUAGAAAUCGUAUGAGUUAUAGAUAUAAUUGGACUGUACCACCAAGCCAAUGUUGUACUAGACAAACAGGAAUUCCUUAACAUAAUAUUCCUAUUAAUAUUCUUAUUGUCCUAUUAGGUGUUCUAGUCUCAUAAAGCUAUCUCUCUUUUAACUUUAUUUUAUUAAUAAUACACUAUAAAUAUUAUACAAAACAAAGUCAACACAGUAUGUGAUAUUAACAAUGUGUUGCAAGAUAUGUAAUUUAAUACUUAAUUAAAGUUUGCGACAUAUAUUAUUAGUAUUAUUUAAUAUAAUUCAGCUACUGUUAUAGCGAUUGUAUCUGUACAUAGUUACUGUAAAUACUUUGUAAUAGAAAAUUAGUAAUUGAUAAUUUCUAUUCAUAUGAGUGUAAGUGAAAUAUAUUUUCCAUACUUGCACUAUUUA